UUUUUCUUUAAAUCUCAAUAUUCUCAAUCGCCUUGACUUGAGUCUAGACUCUAUAAUUUAUUGUAAAUUUUUGUUGAUAUUCAAAAAGCCAUUGAACCUCUCCUGUUGUAUGUUAAAAAUAAAACACAUUUAAGCAAACUGUUUAUUUCAAAAUUGGCAGAUCCGACCUGAAAAUUCACUUUGGUGUUUUCAGAAACGAUAUAGUUAAAUGGAAAAUUUCAAAAUAACCACAAUACUUUAGUCAUACCUACUUUAGGGAUUUUGUUUGUUUUCAGCAUAAGUAAGAGUAAUUGAUUCUAUGAAAGUUUUAUUGAUAAAAAUUGAAAUUCUGAGAGCUAAAAACUUACUUAUAGAAGAAUUAUUAUUAUUUAUUUGAAUAAUUAAAUGUUGCUAAAUGUAAAGCAUGGUUUCCUUAUACACAAAAAUCAUCCUACACAAGUUUAUUGAACCAAAGAAAAAGACCCAAUAAUAUCGUUCGUAUUAGCAUGAUUAACUUCUUGGCAAAAACAAAUCUGUAAGCGGUAAAACCGGUGGUCCUUCGCGAGCCGCAAUAUUUUUUUCAGUAAAAUUAGUCAUCUCUGGCGUGAAAGUUUCGCCAACAAACAUUCAGUAUAUACUUGUUCUGUGUUGUGUUAUAUUUAUAAUAAUGUCGGUUAAUUAUAAGCCAUACUCAAGUGACUUGGUAAACGAUUCUAAGCUAAGCUUGAAUAAUAAUUCUGCUAAUAAUAUGGACGGGAAUUUGAAUAAUUCAACAACGAGCAGACCUUCUUCUUCAAAUGGAAAAAGUAGAAGUCCAUCUCCAACAAGACCUUUGCUAAAAAUAAGACCUCAUGAAGGGGCCCCUUUGGCUAAUUUGGAAACUUUCGACGAGCCUGAUGAUAGGGAAAUUGUCACGAAACCUUAUCCAGGAGUAGAUGAUGGGUUUUUUAAUAAUGAAGAUGCUAAUAAUAAACCAACUGAAGAAGAAGAAGAAGGAAAUCCAGACGUCGAGCUUAUUCCAAUCCGCCCGAAAGAUCCUGAAGAUCUUGAUAAUCAUAAUCCGAGAGUUACACCCAGAAUUGGUGGAGAUGGAGACAGCAGCGACCCAGACAAACGACGACCUUCAGCUGGACAACCAAAGGUACCACCAACAUCGAACCAUCCAGAUUUCCCCAACAGUCCCGGAUUCAGACCGUGGGGCUUCGAUUUCGAAGUCGGAAGUACUUUGCCGUCCGGAGAAACUAUUCCAGACUUGAACGUCUACCAACACAAAAAAACCUUGGCACAAGGCAUGAUGGACUUAGCCUUGUUUUCGGCUAAUGCCAACCAGUUGAGAUACGUUCUGGAAACUUUUAGAAGUCAUCCGUAUUUUUAUCCCAGUGUUGUGCUUAUAUCACUCAGUUUGAUUUUACAGGUUGCUGUUGGUAUAGGUCUCAUCUGGAACGCUACCUACAACGUGAAAGACAAAAAAGCCUUGUGUGUGGCGAACAGAAUCAACAAUAUGACGACGAUUUUCGUGUUUUUGAUUACCGUUAUUAAUGUUUUUAUAUCGGCUUUUGGAGUUGCUCCAGCUCCGACCUAAAACAUAUUCCAGAGAUAUAUUUUGAAAAUACAAAAUAAGACUGAUCAUGAUUAUAUGAGUUAUCUGGUUUUGCUUUUUUAGCUACUAACUACAUUAUAUUGCUUUGCGCAUUUGAUAUUUAUGAGAAUUAUUGUGAUAUUUUUUAAGCUUUAGCUCUUAUGUAGGUAG